AUGCACAUCCUGGCAGAGUCGGCACUUGGCUGCUUCCUCCGCGCAGGGUUGGGUCCAGAAAAACUUCAAGACCAACAAGGACAAGGCAAGAACCACAAACUCGCGAUGUUGCAGCUAAUCUGUGUGCUUUUCUUGGCGGCGGAAGUGGCCCCUGCGCCGUCCAAGGUGCGUCAGAACUUCCAUGAUGACAGCGAGGCUGGAAUCAACAAGCAGAUCAACAUGGAACUGUACGCCAGCUAUGUCUACAUGUCAAUGGCGUCGUACUUCGCUCAUGAUGACGUGUCCCUGGAGGGCUUCUCCAGGCUGUUCCGGCGCAUGUCUGAGGAGGAGCGGCAACACGCCAACGUGCUGGUGGACUAUCAGAACAAGCGCGGAGGUCACGUGGUUUACCGGAACGUGCAGCCGCCGCAGCAUCCAACGUUUAGCAGCGGGCUGGACGCCAUGCAGGCGGCUCUGGACCUGGAGAAGCAGAUCAACCAGGCGCUGCUGGAUCUGUACAGGACCGCAGAUCGGCACGGGGAUCCACAGAUGCAAGACUUCCUGAACUAUCACUUCCUGAAGGAGGAGGUGAAGCGCAUCAAGCAGCUGGGUGAUUACGUCGAGAAACUGAAGCGUGUGGGGAGCGGGCUGGGCGAGUACACCUUCGACCGGGACAUCCUGGGUGGGGGGAAGUAGCUGUAUGGUUUUGUGGGGGAGAGGGGGCAGUAACUGCAAAU